AUGACGGAAAGUGCAGUUGUGGGAACUCUCCGUGAUCGUGGAGUUGUGCUGUUUGGGUGUUUCUCAUUCCUGUUCUCUGUACUGUCACAACGUAUAGGUCUUCACAAGUAUGAGUCCACCAUUGCAAAUGUUCGCACAGAAGAUGAUACCACUUUAACCGCUGGAUUUUUCCCUAAUUUUAUGCAGGUAGCGAAAUUAGCCUUACCUACAAUAUGGUGUAAAGAGUUUAUUGGUACAACGGUAUUUAUCUUGCUUUUUCUGGUAAAAUCUAUUUUACGUGUAAUCCUCUCAAAGGCUAAUGGGAAUCUCCUAAACGCGAUGCUGCGAGGUAGCAGAGAAGAACGCAUACAUGGAUUUUUUAACGCAUUAAUGUUGCGUACGGCAUUAACAUUAAUGUCUGCUGUGUCUAGUGGAUCUGUUGAACAUCUUCGAUCAUGGCUUAUUGGUUGUUACCGUGUACGAUUGAGUCGAUAUUUUCAACGCCGUUUCUUUAGUAAUUUGGUAUAUUAUCAAGCCACUGUUUUGGAUAACCGUUUAUCAGCAGCAGAUACAGUAAUUGCUACAUACUGUGGAGAGUUCGCAGAACAUUUUGCUGAACUUCCAUACUACUUUAUUCUUCCCUUUUUUGAAUGCUCUACUUCUUUAAUUGCAUUAACAAAAGAAGUCGGUGGACGAGUUUCGGCAUUGGCGUGUGGUGCUGUAGUGAUAUCUGUACUUUUACUACAAAAACUUUCACCUGCAUUUGGUCGAAUUCAUGCUUCUCUUCUCGCUAAAGAAGAUAACUACCGUCGUGUAUUAACAAAUGAUUUAAUUAAUGUGGAGAGUAUUGCGAUGCAUGGAGGUGGUGUAUACACCAGACGGAAAGUUGAUGCUCAACUUAAUCAAGUAAAACGUUCUUUGGAUUUUGUUGCUCUUGCGAAAGGAGACUUUGAUCUUCUGGAGGUUGCCUUCUCUGGACUUUUGCAGACUCUUUCUAGUAUUGUUGUAUUCUAUGGUUCUUUACAAAAUGCUAAAAAAUCAUUAAAUGAUAUUUAUGUAGAAUUACAAUACUUACAAGACUUGAAUGAUAGUGUUAAGAGUUUUGUUAUAAAUUUCCGUGAAGUUUCUCAUCUCGCCACCUUUACAACUAAACUUGCCGAGUUUGAUACAACUCUUGAUAGUAUUGCAAAAGGUACUUUUAUUCGUUCAAUGGGUAAUCUUCCUGUAAUUGACAGUAAUGCAGCCAGUCCAAGUCGAUAUACACAUAUUAAUUACAUCACCCAUCCUGAAGGAGCCACACAUUUUACACUCUUUGGAUUUUCCUCAUUAACACUUGCAACACCAUCUGGACAAGUGUUAUUAAGUGAUUUUAACUUAACUAUGGAGAGUGAUCAGGAUUGGGUUAUUGUUGGAGAAAAUGGAACUGGGAAAACUUCAUUACUUCGUAUGAUUUCUGGUCUUUGGUUACCUGCUCAAGGUAUAUAUUCAAUGGAAAAGAGUGUCAAAUUACUUUUUGCCCCACAACAUAGUUAUAUGGUACCACAGUGUACUUUAUUUGAACAACUUCUCUUCCCUCAAGUUCCUAAAACAAUUACCGAAGAAGAUAUUGAAUAUUUUAGAGAAGCCAUUACACUUGCUGGAGCUCAAUCUGUUAUUGAUUUACUUGGUGGAAUGGAAAGCCCUUGUGUUGGUGUAGAUUUAAAAAAUACAGAUGAUACAUAUGAUUGGAGUUCGCUUAGUGGAGGUCAAAAACAACGUAUAAGUAUGGCCCGUGUCUUUUAUCAUGUUUUAAAGAUGAGACACAGUCAAGUAAUACCAGUCGCAAUAUUAGAUGAAGCUACAUCAAUGAUGGAUGAAACUGAAGAGGAAGUUUUACUUAAUUUGCGAAGAUUGGGUGUUCGUAUGCUUUCCGUUACUCAUCGUGAUAACGUCAUUGCACAUCAUACACAUGUGUUAAAAAUUCUUCCUCGAGGAAAGUGGUCAUUUGAACCCGUUACAUCUCGUACACCUGUAGAAACAAAAGUAGAGGAAGUCUAA